GCGGAGCCUGCGGAAGGUGGCGGCGGCGGCGGCAGCAGCCGCACCUGCGAGCGGAGGCCGAAGCUGGGUAUGGCGGUGCUCACGGCCCUGUGAGAGCUACUCGGCCGCGGGGCCCGCCAUGCGCCGGCGGCCCUGACAUGGGCGCCAGCGGCUCCAAAGCUCGGGGCCUGUGGCCCUUCGCCUCGGCGGCGGGGGGCGGCGGCCAGGAGGCGGCGGUCUCUGAGCAAGCUUUGGUGCGGCCUCGAGGCCGAGUCGUGCCCCCCUUCGUAUUCACGCGCCGCGGCUCCAUGUUCUAUGACGAGGAUGGGGAUCUGGCUCACGAGUUCUAUGAGGAGACAAUCGUCACCAAGAACGGGCAGAAGCGGGCCAAGCUGAGGCGGGUGCAUAAGAACUUGAUUCCUCAGGGCAUCGUGAAGUUGGAUCCCCCCCGCAUCCACGUGGAUUUCCCUGUGAUCCUCUAUGAGGUGUGAACCUGGAGGGUGACAGGCAAAAGCACCCCUGGCCCCGGCAAGAACCCCCCCAGGUUCAAGGUGUGGCUUCCAUUGAGGAACCUAGGCUGAGGCCACAACCCUGAAUAAACUACAUUGGCCCGGAACCUUCAGCUGUGAGCAGGACAGUCCUGCAAUGUUGGUUGGGUAUUGUUUUGUGUAUGGACAAGAGGUGGCUGGUUGCUGGCGAGAACUAAUGGCGGAGUUACCAGUCCACCUUCUCCAGGAAUCCUUAAAAGGAGCAUGCAGGGCAUAUACUGGUCAGGACUGCCUGGUUCCUGGGCCUUCUCCUGGCCUGCUUUCUUCCAAACACCUCCAGCCCAGCCCUGCUACGGGCUACAGCACUUUACAAGCAAGGUCUGCCUUCUUCCAGCCCCUGGGCUGUGGGAGUUGUAAUCAAGUGGGAACUUCCUUUCCCUCAUUUCCCUUACCCCCUUGUCAGAGCAUUUCAGCCGUUUGCUACCUCGAUUCCUCCUGUGUUGGACAGAGACUGGGGGCAGCACGAGCCUGAUUCUUCCUGCCUACCUGCCCAUCUGCUCCCACCCCAGAUGGAUGGACAGUUUACUGGCUAUUAACAGGAGUAGGGAUUGGGGUAAGAGACCUCUCUCCAACCUGGGCUGUUCUGAUCCCUCUUUACUGCACCUUCUUUUGUCCCAUCUCCCAGCCCCUACACCAAGUGAGGGCACAGGGACAGGGUCAAGAAGGGCUGUGGAUGCCUGUGUCUAUGGGGAAUUGCCCCUGCCCACCUACUCUGAUCUCCCUUACCGCUGCAUUAGCUCCCCCACCUUCAUGCGAGAUCAUCAACCAUCCUACAGUUUCGAUAGCAUCCGAGGGCUGAUGCCAAUAACUGAGGAGACCAGUGCCCCUUCCCCUGCAGUAUCCUCAGCCCUUCAGAAUCAGUCAAGGGCAAGUACUGGAGUCCUUGGGUACGGACAGAAAGGCGAGAGCAACCAUAAAAGGAAUACUUAAAAUGUGAAAGUCUGUAAGUAGUCUAGUCCAUGUUGUUGGGAUGGAGUCUGAUUUCUCCAUAGAAAUGACUUUUUAAAAUUCCUUACUGUGCAAGCUCUGUGCUUCAAGAAUGUGGGAAAUGGCUUGGGGAGGUUGGCCCCUAUUCUAGAAAGGCUAUUGUAUUAUUUGUUCAGUUUCAAUAAAAUUAUUUGUAGACCCUG